AUGAUCUUACAAAAGCGCUGUGUGAAGCUUGUGGACUACCUCGAGGAGAAGAUCGAAGUAAUACCACGGAUAGAAAUCAAGGUUGAUCAGGAAGAUGGUGCAGUUCCAGUGAGUCGUAGUAUUGAAGAAAAAGCCGCUGAACCUGAAGUCUACAAUCUCAAUAAGGCCCGUUAUGGAGACCUUAAAAGAAUUUUGGUGAAGAGAAAGGUGCCACAUGGAUUCCUAGCGCCGGAAUAUGAAUACGACUAUAAGUAUAACACUUACUAUAGGCCAUUAUUCAGGAUUCACAAGAGCCGAGAAACAAAUACGUUGCCUGAGAACGCUGGUGAGAGCAGUAUAUAUUCCGACAACAAAAAUAAACUGGCGUAUAUAAUUAUGACGUCUAAUGAUAGGAAAAGAAAGCGUAUCAAGCCGAAUUUACACGAUUCAUCUCCGAUACAUACUGUUAGCAGAAAUCCAAAAUCACAUGUGAAGAAAUCCAAGCAAGCUUUCAAAGACGGAAAGAGUUAUCUAGAUUUCUUACUGGAAUAUCUAAGCUCUACGGUAUCGGCACCGACCAUGCUAUCGCGGUACAUUAACAAAUCGCCCCGCAGUCCGAUUUUCGGUGAACAAAGCGAUUUCACAAAUUCCGUGAGAACAGUUCCAGACCCCGAGGCAACGAAGGAGAAGAAACAAACAUGGCUUCCCAAGUAUCCGCUAUGGAACUUUUGGACUUACAAAAAGAGCAUAUAUCAAGACGAAUGCCCGGGGCUCCAAAUUAAUGUUGGAGGUCUUUGUAUCAGGGUACCUCCGCAC